AUGGAUCCCUCCGUGAGUAGCUGUAUGCGAAGUCCCCGUCCCACGACCCCACUCUGGGGGUGCCUGCGGAAUGCCCAUUCGGAGCUCAGCACAGCAGCAGGAGCGCAUCAUUACCCACAAGCACCAUUCUCAUUCCAUCAAAAACCAGACUUUGCUGCAUAUUCCGAUUUCUCAGCCUCUUGCUUGGCCACUGCCCCGCACAGCUUCCCCCGAGAGGAACGCAUGUUCGCAGAGCAGCACCCUUCUUUCCAGCAUUCUGACUGGCACUUUGCAGCAUCCGAGGCCAGAAGGCGGCUAAAUCCAGGACUGGCCUUGGGUUCUGGGGAGCUAGAAAGCAGCAGCCCAAACCUAGUGGCUGCUGCAGGGGGCAUGAAUGAAGAUUAUGGGGUACCAGGAAACACUACAAAUGAAACUGAGAAAAAGGCAUCCAAAAGGAAAAAGGAAACCUCAGAAAACCAGGAUUCCAGUAGAAAGCCAGAAGCCAGCAGCAAAGCACGGAAGGAGAGGACAGCUUUCACCAAGGAGCAGCUGCGGGAAUUAGAAGCUGAAUUUGCUCACCAUAAUUACUUGACAAGGCUCAGGAGAUAUGAGAUAGCUGUGAAUCUGGACCUCACCGAGAGACAGGUCAAAGUGUGGUUUCAAAACCGAAGGAUGAAGUGGAAACGUGUGAAGGGUGGGCAGCCAGUGUCCCCUCACGAGCAUGACACAGAAGAUAUGGACUCUGCUGCCUCCCCGAGCUCUGAAUAG